GCAAACGGUCAAAGGCGCGCUAAGAUGUGCGUUCCGAUCUGUUGAACUACAAGACACGUCUACUCCACAUGAGGUGUGAGUAAUUACACCCAAGAAGCGCCGGACGCCAAGAAAUCUUCCGAGCGAUUGGUUCCGUGGCGGGGUCCCCUUGUUUACAAACAAAUUCUUUUUUCUCUUUUUGAAUCAGUUGUUUGUAGUCGUAGACUCGUAGUUGUGUUCUUCUGGGGAAGAGCUUGUAUGGAAACGCGGUCGCCCUCGUCUUCGUCACCAUCGCACAGACAAGACCACCACCAUCAAUGUUCUUCUCCUCCUCGUCUUUCUCCAAAUACAGGUACAGGAACAGCAACAACAACGGGGACGGGAACGAGAGCUAUGAAGAAGAAGAAGAAGCUGAGUAAUGGUAGUAAGCGAGGCGUGGUGGCGAGUGGGCUGAUCAUCGUGAGCCUCCUCCACCACCUCCGGCGCCGACGCCUCCUACACCCGCUCUUCUCGGCAGUAUCCGCCUGCGUGCUCCUCCUCUUCGCCGCCUCCUCCCUCCCCAUCAUCAACCACAACCACUUCUACUUCUCUGCCGGCAAUGCGGUCGAGGUCGGAUCCGUCUCAGAGACGGCGUUUACGGUGCCGGCAAGUGGAGGCAGCUUAGUCCGUGAUUUGUGGGCCUCCAAGCUGUCAAAGCUGUACCGCGGUUGCAGCAAUGCUAGCGAUAGGUUUGCAAGGGCUGAUGUGAAAACGCAUCCGAAUCGAUACUUGUUGAUUGCUACUAGUGGAGGCUUGAAUCAACAAAGAACAGGGAUAACAGAUGCUGUUGUUGCAGCUUACAUUUUGAAUGCUACUCUUGUUGUUCCCAAGCUGGAUCAGAAAUCUUUUUGGAAGGAUACCAGCAACUUUUCUGAGAUCUUUGACGUGGACCAAUUUAUAUCGUUUCUUUCAAAAGAUGUUAAAAUCAUUAAAGAGCUUCCCUCAAACGGAGGGAAAGCUCUAAAUACAUAUACCAUGCGUGUUCCAAGGAAGUGUAAUCCCAAAUGCUACGAGAGCCGUGUUCUACCUGUUCUUAACAAAAAGCAUGCCGUUCAGCUCACUAAGUUUGAUUACAGGCUUUCAAAUAAGUUGAAUGCUGGUUUGCAGAAGCUGAGAUGUAGAGUUAACUACCACGCUUUGAAAUUUACCGAUUCUAUUCUUGAAAUGGGUGAAAAGUUGGUUCAGAAGAUGAGGAUGAAAAGUGAUCAUUUCAUUGCCCUGCAUUUGAGGUUUGAACCUGAUAUGCUUGCAUUUUCUGGAUGCUAUUAUGGUGGGGGUGAAAAAGAAAGAGCAGAACUUGGUGCAAUUAGGAAGAGAUGGAAAACUCUACAUGCAAGCAACCCCGAUAAAGGACGAAGGCAUGGGCGAUGCCCACUCACUCCAGAGGAAGUUGGUCUUAUGCUAAGAGCAUUGGGUUUUGGAAGUGAUGCUCACUUAUAUGUGGCAUCAGGUGAAGUAUAUGGUGGUGAAGAGACAUUGGCACCACUCAAAGCACUCUUCCCAAAUUAUCAUUCAAAAGAGACUAUAGCCAGCAAGGAGGAGUUGGCACCAUUUUCAUCAUUUUCUUCUCGCAUGGCUGCGCUAGACUUCAUUGUUUGUGAUGACAGCGAUGUUUUUGUCACCAACAACAAUGGCAACAUGGCUAGAAUGUUAGCUGGACGGAGAAGAUACUUUGGUCACAAACCAACAAUCCGUCCAAAUGCUAAAAAAUUGUACCGAUUGUUCCUGAACCGAAAUAACAUGACAUGGGAAGAAUUUGCCUCCAGGGUUCGAACUGAUCAGAUUGGCUUCAUGGGAGAGCCAAACGAGGUGAGGCCAGGCAGGGGUGAGUUUCAUGAGAACCCAACAUCCUGCAUAUGCGAGAAGUCCAAAGCAAAGGCCAGGGAGGUUUUCAUUCCUCAUAGUCGAAAUAAAAGUGGCAAGGAAGAUAGCACAAAUAACGACACGGGUGAUGUGACAGACGAUCAGUUAAUGGAGGAUGAUUCUGAUAUGGAUUAUGCAGAGAAUGCAAUUAGGAUCCAAGAGAGAGGGCUCCCUAAUGAAACAGAUUCAGAUCCCAAUAUUUUGCUUAAACCCGAGCAACCUGAACUCGAGGAAGAGUUAUUUUCGGACUAAAAUCAAGGAGGCUGCACCCAUUUCCCAUUGAAAAGACUUAAUGGCAAUGACAACAAAGGACUUUGUACAUAAAGGCAUUGGCAAUCGACCUGAUUGAGCUUCCAGUUUCUGUAUAUGGUCGCACAGUACACUGGCCGUGGGGAUAAGCAAUCCUCCAUUCGGAUUUAGAAGCUUCUUGUACAUAAAAACCACCAGGAUAUGUGGCCAAGGACAGAAUCUUUUGCUCUCUUUGAGGAUUCUCACCGUAAGGCCAGGACAGUAAUAUGAUAGGAGGGACAUGAAAAAAAAUGGGGGGGGGGAAUUGACAUUGAUUUAUAACUUAGACUUUAGGUUUUCCCUUUCAUUUCUUUCUUUUUGAAUUUUGUUUUGCCAUUUCUUCUAGGAUAUGUAUACAUAAAAAUGUUUGGUUUAGAAUUUUUGAAAGUGAUGAAUACAAAGCAUGUUUUGUUAGGAGGCUGGACACCAAGAUGAAAGCAUGCUAACUUCUUUGAGGAUGAUUGUAUAAUAGGCCCUUCAUUUGUUUGAGAGACGUAUACCAUUGCUCUCAAAUUAUCAGCUUAGGGAGUGCGCAGGUCUCAAACUCUUGCCCGAAGUCUUUAGCCCUUUUAUCGGCAAAAGUGGAAAAAGGUGAUGCUUAUUCUUUAUAUCAUCACAUCCAAGGAAAUUAUUUAGUAAUACAGUUUUUCGCAUUUUUCCUUC